AUGGAAGCUGCCCAAGCGGGCGUCCCUGACGCUGCUAAUACAGCACUAAGCAUAACUCCUGAGCAACAUCAAAGGAACGAAGCACGCGUAACGUCGCAACCAGAUGAUGGGCACUCUAUUUGCUCCGAUGGUUCCGUUGCAUCGUCGACUACAGACAUCAACUGUAUGGAACAAGACGACGAUACCGGAGGUCCGUAUCAAGAAGUUAGAUCAAGAAAGAGAACUCGGCGCAACAACUCCAACUCCAGCUCGGAGACAAUAAUCCAAUCAAAAGCCAUCGAAGAAGGGCUCACUGUUGUGUUCGCCCCUGCGGAUACUGAGACGUUAAUAACAUCCCUCAGUAGUGUGAAGCUCUCAAGAGCUCUAGAAAACUCCUGUCCUGAGGGCAUUCACGAGGUUCGCUUUAACAGCAGAUUGAAUGUCAUCGCAGUUGACACCAGAAAUGGUGAAGCUACAAGAACAUUGCUCAACUUGAAGGCUCUCUGUGGAAUUCCGGUGAUGUCAUACUCUCCACUGGCUGGAGCAACGGUGAACGGAAUGAUUCAGGACGUCGACAAAGAGCUUUCUAAUGAGGAGAUCACCUCGCAUCUCAGGUCCAAUAUUAACGUUGGUGCCGUCCGACGCCUAGGGAAGUCUAGCACAGUCAAAGUCACCUUCCGGGGCAAGAUUCUGCCAACCCAUGUUCUUCUGGGGCAUGUACGCCAUCCCGUCCAUCCUUUUCAAGAAAGGCCCAUCCAGUGCCUUAACUGCUUUGGAUUCGGACACAAGCGAGUGACCUGCAAACGCCCCAAAAAGUGUGAACAUUGUGGAAAACCACAUGAAUCAACAGACAUCACAUGUCAAUCAAUGCCUGCCAAAUGUGUCAACUGCGGCCAAGAACACGAAGCUACAGCACGCUUCUGCUCGAAGCGAAAGAAACUAGGGGAGAUCCAGGCGUACUCAAAAUCCAACUUGGUGGGAUUUCAUGUCGCAAAAUCCGCCUUGGAGUACGAUGAGCUCUUCCCGGAGAUGGAAUCUACUCAAGCAGGCAGCAAUGCCACGAAAGAACCGACUGUCACUGAACUCAAGAAUUCAGGAGAGCGAGACAUGGAAGAAACUUUAAAAGAUGUGACUACAUCAUCGCUAUUCACGACGGUCGUCAAACAAACAAAACCUAAAAGUCAAGCAACUAAAAAAGAUUGCCAGGGUUCAAGUCCACACGAAAAACAAAAAAUCAAUAUGCCGGCUGCAUCAACACCUCAGGAAUCCCAGACCUUUUCUGCACCCACCACUCAGCCGCAACCCUGCCAUUCGAAGGACACAAAUGCGCAACCAAAAACUUCCUUUGGAGACAGUUCACCUGAAUGGAUGUCUUUUGUCAAGGCCGCAGUCAAGAUCGCUCUCAGCGUACUUAAAAGCAUCGAAUCAACCUGGGCAAAGACACUUACUACCAUAAUCCAAGCAGUGCUCCCUCUUCUUGAGGGAUGCUAGGGUCAUCUUCUACUCAAAUUAAGGGUUUUACCACCAGUACUUCAGUG